AUGGCGGCUAAGCCCCAUGACAGGCCACCUGCAGACUGGACACCCUCGGAGGCCAGAGAACCAGGGAAGCGGAAUGUGCCAGUCUCAGCUCUAGGCCCCACACCCGAGUGCCAGCACGGGGGCAAGCAGGAGCACCGUCCUGGAGUCCAGUGUCCAGCAAUCGACAUCCCAGGCAGGAGUGAGUCCAUCCCCACGGCGGACACAGGCCUCCCGCUGGCUGCCGCCCCCACCCCGAACCCCAGCACCGGCCUCCUGCCGCCUGCUGCCCCCCACCCCAAACCCCAGCACGGGCCUCCCAUCGCCUGCCACCCCCCACCCCGAAUCCCAGCACAGGCCUCCAACUGCCUGCACCCCGACCCCCAGCACGGGCCUCCCACCGGCUGCCACCCGGACCCCCAGCCCUGCCACCCGGACCCCCAGCCCGGGCCUCCCACCGGCUGCCGCCCCCAACCCCAGCACGGGCCUCCCGUCAGCUGCCACCCCCAACUCCCAGCCCAGGCCUCCACCAGCCGCCGCCCCAACCCCAGCACGGGCCUCCAGCCGCCUGCCGCCCCGACCCAGCGGCCCGCGGCUUCAGCCCAGACUGGGCUCAGGGCCCUGCGCUCAGCCAAACUGCCAGCAGUCACCUGGCUCCUGCCCACCGCCCCUCCUCCGACCUGGGGCAGGGCACAGCUGCACUUGCCCCGCUCGCGAAGGGGCCAGCUCAUCCCAGCUGUCCCCGAGGUGUGGUGUGGCCGGGACAGCAGCUCCCCUCCCCGGCCCCAGACCGCACCCCCAGCCCAGCCGCGCCAGGCCACGCACGGACCCUAA